CGCUGCGGACAGCCGUUGCGGGGCGCCCUGGGCCCUGAAAUAGGACGGUCGGAGCCCGCAGCUCCCCUUUCGGCCCUGAGGUAACCUGGCCUGGUGGCCCCAGGACGUUCCCGGCGCAUGGCGGAGUGCUGCGGACAACGCCCAUGAAGCCCUUAGUCCUCUUAGUUGCGCUGUUGCUAUGGCCUUCGUCCGUGCCGGCUUAUCCGAGCAUAACUGUGUCGCCUGACGAAGAACAAAACUUGAAUCAUUACAUACAAGUUUUAGAGAACCUAGUACUAAGUGUUCCCACUAGGGAGCCAGGCCGCGAGAAAAAAUCAAAGUCUCCAAAAAAUGCUUAUUCUGUAGUAUCGAAGAUAUCAAAAUUAAAGGAGAUAAUUACACAUGGAGAAGCUGAGAAUGAUGUUUCAAUUAAUCCUGUCAGUGGAGAAACUACACCUUUCCCGACUAGCGGCUUCACAGAGGGAGUAAGGAGGAAAAAACGCACUAAAAGUACAGCAUUCUGGUCGAUCAAACCGAAUAACGUUUCCGUUGUUUUACAUGCAAAAGAACCUUAUAUUGAAAAUGAAGAGCCAGAGCCAGAGCCAGUUAGGAAACAAACUAAGGCACCAAAAUUGUCACCAACUGUUACUGAAACAUCUACAAGUCAAUAUGUCACCUCAAGAAGAUCACCUGUGACCACUUUGAGUAGAAACGCUGAUUUGGAGAUCACUACAGAAUCAGAAGAUGUUCCUCAGCUCUCAGGCGAAACUGAAAUAGAAACACUUGAAGAACCAACAACUGAAAACCACUCACAGACUUUGAAUAAUGAUGAGAUUUUGAAAAAAAUUUCAGAUAUUAAUUCACAGGUGCGACAGGCACUUCUUACUGACAGCAGCAAUCCACAAUUUAAAGAAGACAUUCGAGCCGCCAAAGAGCACCUAAAACGAAGCCUUGCUCUAGCAGCAGCAGCAGAACAUAAAUUACAAAAAAUGUAUAACUCUUACUUAUUUUCACUAGGAGAAACCAGUAAUGAAAUGAAUGACAUUGAAACUGUUAUCAACAUGCUGUAUAAUUCUAGAUCUAAACUAUAUGAAUAUUUGGAUAUUAAAUACGUUCCACCAGAGAUGAGAGAAAAAGCUACUACAGUAUUCGAUACAUUGAAAAAAAUAUUAUGUGUAGGUAAAGUAGAACCUGGAAGAGAAGUUGCCGAAGAACUCAACGUUGACCAUUCUAUGGUUGUUCGGCAUUUGAAGCAAAUUGAAAAGAUGAAAAAGCUCAAUAGGUCCUCAAAGGAUUUACUGGUGCCCACCCACACUGGGGAGGGCCGGAUUGCCCAGCAGGCUGGGAACUUCCCUACCCAGCAUCCCAGCCUGGGCUGA